CAGUUCUGCAGUGUCUGAGGAUGGAUAAAGACUUCCGCUACUACUUCCAGCACCCGUGGUCUCGCUUAGUUGUGGCUUACUUAGUGAUCUUCUUUAACUUCUUAAUCUUUGCUGAGGACCCAGUAUCUCACAGUCAGACGGAAGCCAAUGUUAUUGUUGUUGGUAAUUGUUUCUCCUUUGUAACAAAUAAAUACCCUGAAGGAGGAGGCUGGAGAUUUUUGAAGGUGCUUCUGUGGCUGCUUGCCAUUCUCACAGGACUGAUAGCUGGGAAAUUUCUCUUCCAUCAGCGCCUGUUUGGUCAGUUGCUCCGUCUGAAAAUGUUUCGAGAGGAUCACGGAUCUUGGAUGACGAUGUUCUUCAGUACCAUCCUCUUCCUCUUCAUUUUUUCUCACAUUUAUAAUCUGUUCCUCAUUAUGGCAGGGAAUAUGAGUGCAUACAUUAUAACAGACUUCAUGGGUAUCAGGAAUGAAAAUUUUAUGAAGGUUGCUGCAGUUGGGACUUGGAUGGGAGAUUUUGUCACAGCAUGGAUGGUCACAGAUAUGAUGCUUCAGGACAAACCCUACCCAGACUGGGGAAAGUCUGCCAGAGCUUUCUGGAAGAAAGGAAACAUUAGGAUCAUUUUAUUCUGGACAGUUCUGUUUACUCUGACCUCUGUAGUUGUGCUUGUCAUCACUACUGACUGGAUCAGCUGGGACAAGCUGAAUCGUGGAUUUCUGCCAAGUGACGAGGUCUCGAGAGCCUUCUUGGCUUCUUUCAUCUUGGUGUUUGACCUUCUCAUUGUCAUGCAGGACUGGGAGUUUCCACAUUUUAUGGGUGAUGUUGAAGUGAAUCUUCCAGGCUUGCCAUCUGCACACAUGCAGUUCAAAGUACCUUAUUUCCAAAAGAUCUUCAAAGAGGAAUAUCACAUACAUAUAACAGGCAAAUGGUUUAACUAUGGAAUUAUCUUCCUUGUUUUAAUCUUGGAUCUGAAUAUGUGGAAGAACCAAAUAUUUUACAAACCUCACGAAUAUGGUCAAUAUAUCGGUCCUGGACAGAAGAUCUACACAGUGAAGGACUCAGAAAGCUUGAAAGACCUUAAUAGAACUAAGUUAUCGUGGGAGUGGAGAUCCAAUAACACUAACCCAUUGACCAACCAGACCUACGCCGAAGGAGACAUGUUCUUGCACAGCAGAUUCACAGGCUCUAGCCUUGAUGUCAAAUGCCUGGCUUUUAUUCCAAGUUUGCUGGCUUUUGCUUUGUUUGGUUUCUUCAUCUGGUUCUUUGGGCGAUUUCAGAAAACUGACCAAGGCAUGGAGAAUUUAGACAAAUCAUACACAAGAAUGAAACGAAAGUCACCGUCAGAUAUGGGAAUGACAAGGGAAAAUACACAGGUGUUAGUUGAAGAACCAUUAAGUUUUCAAGAACCACAUCUUGUAUCCAUAAAAUCAGACUUAAGUGAAAUAGUUUUUAACUCUUCUCUCCUAACUUCUGAAAACUUGAACGCACAACUGAAUGAACAAGAUAGCCCGUUACAGCCAGUACCAGAGUCCUCUGUCCCUAAGAGUAAUCCUGUGACAUAGAGGCAAAUACCCAGGAAAAUCAGUUUAAAUAAGCAGUUACUAUAAGAUUUCAGUUUUACCUUUUGUAAGUUAAGAUUUACAUAGUGUUUAGAAGAAGAAACUCAACCUAUACCAAAAGGUGCUCCGCAUGCUUUUUCUAGGAACUUUGUUUUCUAUUUGUAUUAGUACGUGCCUACUGUAUAUCUAACAUUCCUUUAUAGAUUGCUUUCCAAAAUUGCACAAGCUAUUUAUUAAU